ACUGUAGAAGGUCAUUGUAAUACUAUGAAGACCGCGAACAUACGGCAAUGGAUGAGCUGAAAGCCUGGCUGCAACAGAAGUUGGGGGGGUGCUUGUAUAAGAAGCUCACCGAGGAGAAUAUUAACGCGCUGCACCAGGCAGGGUAUGACAACGACUCGCUCAGCCUGGUGUCACGAGAAAGCCUCAAGGAAUUGCAAUUCCCCCUCGCAAUUGUCGACAUACUGCUCGCGAAAUGCGGCGCGGCGGCAGGGCCGGGUUCACAAAGCACGGGAGCUGGAGCCUCGGCGGCUGACCUGGGCGUGGGUAACGCGACAGGAGCUGGACGUGGUGGCGGAGCGGACGUGGGCGGCUUCGGGCCGAUUGUCGUCGGCACUAGCUUCCCUACAAAUUCUGACGAGAUGUCCACACGUUACACUGUCAAGACGCCUCUGCUCGUGAAGAUCAUCAGAGAGCACUGGGACUGGCAGGGUCUCGAGAAGCGCAAGACCAACUGACUCCUGGUGGCACCGUUGCUGGGCACCUUCCUGGAGGUCGGUGCUGGUGCACUGGCCGGAGGGAACUCCCACCACACGGGCGUGGCGGCGCUUGUGCUGGGCGGCGCAGCGGCUUUGCUGAUGCUGCUGUCCUGGUUUGUGGGGCUUGUGUGCAUCAACUGGAGAAUGGCACAGGUGGACGCCAAGCACCACGGGUUCGGGGUAGCCUUUUGGUUGCAGUCGCUUUUUUGGUUUUGGGGAUACAUAGUUUCUAUUAUGGCCUUACGGCAUCGGUCAGCGGUGCCCAUGGGUUUACCCGCUCGUGGGUUGCGGCCUUCUCCUUGUACUGGGGGAAUUUUGUUGGUGAGGACUGGGGGCGAGACUGGGGCAAGGACCUCUCGGUCUUUCCCCUUAGGUCCGGGUUCCAUUUCGUGUGGGGCGCCCAAGGAUGCAAAAUGCUGUGGUUGGCAUGUGGAAAGCCGGAGUGGCGCUGGGAGUAGCGGAAGCAGGACGAGGAAGGAGGGCAAGUGGCAGGAAGUGGCAAGGGGGAAGGAAGGCCGGAUGACUUCCCCCCCACCCCCCACUUCUCUGUACCAAUCCUUGCA